AUGCGCUCCCUGUUAACGUUAAAAACAUUCUUGCCUGCCGGCUUAUUGGGUCCCUUUUUUUUCUCUUUAAAAAAAUUUGAAAUAAUAUCAGAGAAAUAUGGAAAGCAACAAAAUUUGCUCUCAAUGAUUCGUGGUUGUAAGCUUUUAGCAGAUUACUUUUUUACCUUUUCACCAUUCUAAGCAGAACCCCAUGUCUCAAUUCAUGAGAUUCAUAUUCUAACAGUUCGAAUCAGAGGUUAUCUCCUCUCUGUUCUGUGGUUUACAGCACGACUCCUUUAGAAGAUGGAGUAUGAGGAAGUCCCCAUUUUGCAAUCACAACACCAGAAGGAUAUUGAGAUGGCCAUAGCAUCUGAAGAAAAGCUUAUCCUUCCCAUCACAUCGAAGUUAUCUUGCAGUUGCACUUGUGCCUUCUCCAAUCAAGGAAAUGAUACUACAGAAUCAGAUGAACGAUCAAAGUUGGCAAAUAAACUUCUCAGACUUAUAAUUGUCUAUUUAAUAGUCAUGGCAGUAGAAAUCAUUGGUGGCUUGAGAGCUAACAGCCUUGCAAUUAUUACAGAUGCAGCACAUUUGCUGACUGAUGUUGCUGGAUUUUCUGUUUCUCUUUUCGCAGUCUGGGCUUCAGGUUGGAAAGCAACAUCCCACCAAUCUUUUGGAUUUAGUCGCCUUGAAGUUUUAGGUGCCCUUCUCUCUGUGCAGCUUAUAUGGCUUAUUGUCGGAGUAUUAAUCUAUGAAGCAGUCAACAGGAUUUUUCACGAAAGUGCUGGCGUAAAUGGAGCACUUAUGUUUGCAAUUGCAGCCUUUGGAUUCAUUAUAAACUUACUUAUGAUUAUGUGGCUGGGUCAUGAUCACGCUCAUCAUGCUUUCCAUGAUCAUAAUCAUGAACAUAAUCACUCUCAUCAUGCUUUCCAUGAUCAUGAGCACGGGGAUUUUUGUGCAGUAAAUAAAGAUGAGGGUACUGAGACGAUAUCGAGUUCUCCAGAAAAAACUAAAGUAUUAAACAUUAAUAUCCAAGGGGCUCACCUGCAUCUUAUGGUUGAUCUUAUUCAAUCUAUUGGCGCGAUGAUUGUUGGAGCAAUUAUAUGGGCUAAGCCUAAUUGGUUGGUAGUUGAUCUGAUCUGCACUCUUCUAUUCUCUGUUUUAGUUCUAUGUUCUACUAUAGCUAUGCUUAGAAAUGUAUUUUACAUACUGAUGGAGAGCACACCUAGUGAGAUCAGUAUUGACAGAUUGGAAAGUGGUCUGAAGUGUAUAGAAGGAGUUCAAGAUAUUCAUGACCUGCAUGUUUGGGCAAUCACAGUAGGGAAGUUAGUUUUAUCUUGUCAUGUUGAAACUGAGCCUGGAGCCAGCUCUAGUGAAAUACUUAACAGGAUUAGGGAUUACUGCGAAAAAACGUACAGGAUUCGUCAUGUAACCAUACAAAUUGAGCAGUAGCUUAUAUAUUUCUACACUGCAACUUUUCUUCUACAA